CAAAGUCAAAACCUAAAAGAAAAUCUUGAGACCAUCACAACUCCUUUGUCUCUUCUCUCUUCAAUGGCUUCUUCUUCCACUACCGCCCUUCUAGGCCCACCUUCCGUCGCCUCCACACCGAUCACCAAACCCGUUACCACCACUUCCCCUGAAACCCCUGUUUCCAACGACCACAAUCUGAUCUCCAAGACCGCCGCCCUAGCCCUCGAAGAACAACGCCCACCGAUGGGUCUUACUGAAAACUUGUCCCCCACGUUUCUCACCUCCGGCAACCCAUGCCUCGAUUUCUUCUUCCACAUCGUGCCCGACACGCCUCCCACCGAUCUGAUCCAACGUCUUGCGGUUUCUUGGUCUCACGACCCGUUGACCACGUUGAAGCUCGUAUGCCAUCUCAGAGGAGUUCGAGGCACAGGGAAGUCUGACAAAGAAGGUUUUUACACGGCUGCGUUGUGGCUUCACGAGAAUCACCCCAAAACCCUAGCUUUGAAUCUCCCCUCUUUAGUCGAUUUCGGGUACUUCAAAGACUUGCCUGAGAUUCUGUAUCGUCUCCUUGAAGGUCAACAGGAGGUUGAGAGUGGGACGAGUCGUGUGUGGAGGAAGAGGACUCAGAGCAAGUUCAAGAAGACUAGAGAGACUCGCUCCCAAGAUUUAAAAGAUCUGAUUCUUGAAGACGCGGAGGAGAUUGUUGGUCAUGUAGAUAAAACAGAGGCUAGGGUUUUAAGGAAACAGAGAGAGUUCGAGAAGGCGAAGAAGGCUUUGGAGAGGUAUAACUCUGAUGGUAAUUAUAGGUUACUGUUUGAUUGUAUUGCGGAUUUGUUUGCUGGUUUGUUGAAAACCGAUUUGGAGUUUUUGAAUUCGAAUGAGAUGAAUAAGAUUGGUUUAGCUGCUAAGUGGUGUCCUUCUGUUGACUCGUCUUAUGACAAGACGACUUUGAUAUGUGAGGCAAUAGCUAGAAGGAUGUUUUCUAGAGAUGAGUAUGAAGGUGUGGAAGAGUCACAUUAUGCUUAUAGGAUUAGAGAUAGGUUGAGGAAACAAGUUCUUGUCCCCUUACGUAAGGCUCUUGCGUUGCCUGAGGUGUAUAUGAGUGCAAAGGAGUGGAACCAUUUGAAUUAUAACAGAGUUGCUUCUGUGGCUAUGAAGAAUUACAAGACGCUUUUUGUGAAGCAUGAUAGCGAGAGGUUUAUGGAGUUUUUGGGGGAUGUGAAGUCUGGGAAGAAGAAGAUGGCUGCUGGUGCGUUGCUUCCACACCAGAUUAUCAGCCAGCUUGGGGAUGAUGAUGGAGUUGGCUCUGAAGUUGCGGAGCUUCAAUGGGCGAGGAUGGUGGAAGAUCUUGCCAAGAAAGGGAAGAUGAAGAACUCGUUGGCGGUUUGUGAUGUCUCUGGGAGCAUGUCUGGUGUGCCUAUGGAGGUUUGUGUGGCGCUUGGGUUGUUGGUUUCAGAGCUUAAUGAAGAGCCGUGGAAAGGGAAGGUUAUUACCUUUAGCGAAAACCCGCAGCUUCAUGUAGUAACGGGGUCGAGUCUGAGAGAAAAGACUGAGUUUGUGAAAGAGAUGGAUUGGGGAAUGAACACUGAUUUCCAGAAGGUGUUUGAUCGGAUUCUAGAGGUUGCUGUUGAGAAUAAGUUGACUAAUGACCAGAUGAUCAAGCGGUUGUUUGUGUUCAGCGACAUGGAGUUUGAUAGUGCAGUGGGAAACAACAACUUUGACACAGAAGACAGUGAUAUGGAGAGUGGUUCCGAGGUAGAUUACACUGCCCUUUACCAGAAACGGUUGAAGAUAGCUAAGGAACGGUCCAAGGAGAAGUGGGAGACAGAUUAUGAGGUGAUUCAGAGGAAGUAUAAGGAGAGUGGUUUUGAGAAUGUUCCGGAAAUUGUUUUUUGGAACUUGAGAGACUCGUCGGCCACACCCGUGGCAGCUAAGCAGAAAGGAGUAGCUUUGGUUAGCGGGUUUUCAAAGAAUCUACUGAAUCUGUUUCUUGAGGAAGGUGGUAUUGUGAAUCCUGAAGAUGUCAUGUGGUUAGCCAUUAAAGGUGACGAGUACAAGAAACUUGUUGUUCAUGACUGAGAAAACUUCUUUGUUACCAUUGUACUUAUGUUUGAUCUUACUUUUCGGAAACUCAACUUGUUUUUUUUCCUUUUUGUGUUUGUUAUAUGAGGAAAUAGAUGAGUCUUGUUUACAUUUUGUUUGAAGUACCUAAGUUUAAUUAGGUAUAGAAAUAAGAAAAUGAAAUGAUCUAGAAGUUGUAAGAGGAGUCAUCACUUUUCGCUUCCUCCUAACUUUGGAAUCUUUCCUCUCACUUUUGGUUCUAAUGGGAGUAAAAG